UGACGCCAUCACCAGGCGCCGGGUGGCCCGGAGAGUCGGUGUCGCGCUGUCCCGGUGACCGCGGCCUGUUUGCUGCUCCGGCGCCGGGGGUUGGAGGCCGAGAUGCCGCUGGGUUACACGCCCGAGGAGAAGGCGCGGUUCGAGCAGCUGGUGAAGUUGCGGCGCCAAUGGCUGAAGGACCAGGAGCUGAGCCCGCGGGAACCCGUCCUUCCCCACGACAGCAAAGGGCCCGUGAGCGGGUUCUGGGAGCGCUUCCUGCAGCCGCGCAGCCUCUGGCGGCUCUACACUUACAAGGCAUGUAAUGCAGGUUGGUGGACGCUGAGUCGGUUACUGAUUCCUGCUUGGGUUGUUCAUUACUACGUGAAAUACCAUCUUGAGGCUAAACCAUAUGGCAUUGUGGAUGUGAAACCAAGGAUUUUUCCGGGUGACACAAUUUUGGAAACUGGGGAAGUGAUACCGCCAUUUGUUGAGGAUGAGCAUCCCAAGCACCACUAAAGGCUCAUGUUGGUAUCUGAUGUAAAUGGCUAUAUGAUUAACUUCAAAUGAAAGACACAAAUGUAGUUGUUUCUUUUUGAAAGACUUAUUUAUCAUUAAAAUGCUGAUUUACCAGGAA